AUGGCCGCCCCUGCGACCCAAUCCCUAAAGUGUGUCGUGACUGGCGACGGUGCCGUGGGCAAAACAUGUCUCCUCAUUUCCUACACAACGAAUGCCUUCCCCGGCGAGUACAUUCCCACUGUCUUCGACAACUACUCGGCGAAUGUCAUGGUUGAUGGCAAGCCCAUCAGCCUGGGGCUGUGGGAUACUGCUGGACAGGAAGAUUACGACAGACUGCGACCGCUGUCGUACCCCCAGACCGACGUGUUCCUCAUCUGCUUCUCCAUUGUCAGCCCGCCAUCGUUCGACAACGUAAAGGCGAAGUGGUACCCUGAGAUCGACCACCACGCACCGGGCGUACCCAUCAUCCUCGUCGGCACGAAGCUCGAUCUGCGCGACGACGAGACCACCAAGGAGUCGCUGCGCCAGAAGAAGAUGGCGCCCAUCCAAUACGAGCAGGCAGUCAUGGUCGCCAAGGAGAUCAAGGCACAGAAGUACCUCGAGUGCUCUGCGCUCACACAGCGCAACCUGAAGAGCGUCUUUGACGAGGCAAUCCGCGCCGUCCUUAGCCCCCGCCCUCAACAAUCCCAGCAGAAGAAGAAGAGCAAGUGCACCAUCUUAUAA